AUGGUGAGCAGCAUAGACGUUGUAGUGGAUCAUAGAGAUGCGAUUAUUCCCGUGGUUCUAAAUAUUUUUGUUGACGUGUAUCCAUCUGAAGAAAGAAGAAAUCAAGAGAUUAUAGAAGAGUCUAUGCAAUUUGUCAAAAUGAUUCCUGCAUCUAAUGAAGCUAUCUUAUCUUUAAAAAGCUACUCACUUCCUCAAAAUUGUUCAAUAUGCAUGGAGAAAUUUCAUGAUGAUUUAAAAGAAGAUGAUAGUGAUGACGUGAAGGUUUCAACAAUGGCAUGUGGUCAUAUAUUUCACUAUAAUUGCAUUGUGCAAUGGCUACAAACAAGUCAUGUAUGUCCCUUGUGCCGCUAUGCUAUGCCUACUUGA